GGAUUUCAAAUUUAUCAAUGACUCCAAAUUCUUUUCCCAUCGAAAUCAGUAAACCGAAAAUCUGUUCACUACAGUGGGGCAGGUGACUGAUUCUUUAUUUGGUAUUGACUUUUCGUUUCCUUUCGCACACCUUCUUUGACACGCAAAACCAUUUAUAAUAACAUUUCCACCUAAUUUUUCAUUCAAUAUUCCUCACCCCGCCGACCACCUCUCCUCCACCGCCGUCGCCAAAACGACACCGUCCAACAUAUCUCUCAACCACCUCCUCCACCGCAACGGAUCACUCUCAGUAUCCAUUUCUUGCUAUCCUCGCCUUUGUUUUUUGAUCUGUGGAAAUCAUGAAGGCAGUGUCACAUUCCGCUGUUCUUCCUAACCUCAACCGUCACAGAUUUUCACUGUCACGUUCUGAUGUUCAAAUUCCUAACCGUGUCACUUGCCACUCGGAUUCUAACAAGUCUAUGUCACAAGCAUCAUUGUUUUUGUCUCCUGGUUCAGCGGAUAGAAGAAUUGGCAGCAGAAACUUUGUUUGUCGGGUGUUUUCUUCUGUAGAUGCAAGCACUUAUAAUGGGGUUGCUUUAGAAUCUUCUUCUCAGACUGCAGAAGAAAAAGUUGGUGUGUUGCUUCUCAACCUAGGUGGACCGGAGACGCUGGACGAUGUUCAACCUUUUCUGUUUAAUCUGUUUGCUGAUCCUGAUAUCAUUCGGCUCCCAAGACUGUUUAGGUUUCUCCAGCGACCAUUGGCAAAAUUGAUAUCUACGCUUCGAGCUCCUAAAUCCAAGGAAGGGUAUGCCUCUAUUGGAGGUGGCUCUCCUUUACGCAAAAUAACAGAUGAGCAGGCACUUGCACUUAAAAACGCUUUGGAAGCGAAGGGUCUCUCUUCAAAUCUCUAUGUUGGAAUGCGCUACUGGUACCCAUUCACUGAAGAAGCAGUUCAUCAAAUUAAGAGGGAUCGAAUAACGAGGCUCGUGGUGUUACCCCUCUAUCCCCAAUUUUCUAUAUCCACUACUGGGUCAAGCAUCAGUGUUCUGGAGCAAAUGUUCAGGCAAGAUUCUUAUUUGUCUAGGCUUCCUGUUUCCAUUAUAAACUCUUGGUAUCAAAGAAAAGGUUAUCUCAAGUCAAUGGCUGAUUUAAUUGAGAAAGAACUAGAGAGUUUUUCUGAGCCAAAGGAGGCUAUGAUAUUUUUCAGUGCCCACGGUGUACCUGUCAGUUACGUUGAGAAUGCUGGGGAUCCAUACCGAGAUCAAAUGGAGGAGUGCAUCUUCUUGAUCAUGCAGGAGUUGAAGGCUAGAGGAAUUAAUAACGAGCACACUCUUGCUUAUCAGAGUCGAGUAGGCCCUGUACAGUGGUUAAAACCGUAUACAGAUGAAGUUCUAGUUGAGCUCGGCAAGAAAGGUGUGAAGAGUCUCUUAGCUGUUCCAGUGAGCUUUGUGAGUGAGCACAUAGAGACUCUAGAAGAAAUUGACAUGGAGUACAGGGAAUUGGCUCUUGAAUCUGGCAUCCAGAAUUGGGGACGUGUCCCUGCCCUCGGUCUUACCCCUUCCUUCAUUACUGAUCUGGCAGAUGCAGUAAUAGAAGCUCUUCCAUCGGCAGCAGCAAUAUAUGCCCCGAACAACAGCAGCUCUGAAGAUAUGGAUGACCCGGUUAAAUACUUUGUCAAGAUGUUUUUUGGUUCAGUUUUGGCAUUCAUGUUGUUUUUCUCACCCAAAUUGAUAUCAGCGUUCAGGAAUCAUGUCAUUUAGAAGAAUACCAUCAAGCAUAGUUGAUAGCAAAUUUGUAUACUUCGUUUUUUUCCUUGGUUUGACUCGGCUCCGCAUAUAAUGUACACAUCAGAGAUAUAAAAGAAGCAGAAGCGUUGGUAAUAAUGAGAACUGGCACGUUAUCUUGGAAACAACACGGACAGUUUACUUGUAUUUGUUUACUAAUCUAUACAACAAUAAAUUAAUUUUUGGUUGUUCUUGCAAAGAUUUGCACAAGAACAUAUAUUUGUUUGAAAUUGUUACAAAAGAUUCAGCAUAAAUAAAUGCCUUUGUUUAUGUC